GACUUUUUUGCCUGCCGGGCAAGCGCCUUUUGUCGUUUUCGCCAACUCGCAGGUGCAAUCCAUGCGCGGAUUGUGUCGUCCAUGCCAGAUACCCUUGUUCCAUGCAUGAUCUCUCGUCUGUGAUAUACAUCAAUUGAGAAUAUCUCUCUAAUCGGCUCACCCUCACCGGAGGUCUCGUUCUGCGGAUUCGGAACAAUUGGCUCGAAACAUCAUCAUUGCGUUUGUCCAUUGUCCUCGAAUUUUAUGGAAAGCAAACUUCAUCCAAGCACCUGCUUCUAGUCGGGAUGACCGGUCGCUAAAUUACCAUGAAACUCGUUCUUCCUCCGUCGGCACCGCGACUUGUAUCGUUCAGUUCCCUUCCAUCGGUAAAGCAACGAAACGUCGGGUGGUGGUUUUGCAGACAAUGUCAUAUCAACGAAAGUUCAUCGCUAGUGAGCGCUCUUCUAGCUAAAAGGCAAUAUCAUGGCGCAACUUCGCGACAUUUCAAUGCGACCAGCUACAAAAAGGAGGGAUCGGGACCUUCUAGCUACGCGGAAAACAAGAAGACAUCGAGGAGGAAAAGGGCGAUACAGCUUGCUGCUGGGGGUACUUUUGCUGUGACCAUCUUUGCUUUUUGGGAUGACAUCAAGCAUGCUUAUGCGGCUGCAGCGAGAACUGGGAGGGUUGUCACCACACUUGCAAUCUGCAUCAACGAUUACCGAACGACCCUCAACCAAACAGGAAAUUCCCCAGAAGAACGAGAUGCAAUGCUAAAGGCCUGUCAUAAACGUUGCGCGGAACGUACAUUAUUUGUCCUCGAAAAGAAUGGCUCGAUAUUCAUCAAACUAGGUCAACAUUUAAGCAGCAUGGGAUAUCUUCUUCCAUUGGAAUGGACGACAACCUUUAUUCCUCUACAAGACAAAUGCCCGGUAUCGUCCUUUGAGUCAAUUCAGGCAAUGUUUCUGGCAGACACAGGGCAAGAUGUCAACGAACUCUUUUCAUCUUUCGAACCAAGUCCCAUUGGCGCUGCGUCGCUUGCUCAAGUCCACAUUGCGACAUUGAAGGAAACAGGCCAAAAAGUUGCUGUGAAAGUUCAGCAUCCUACGCUUGCCGAAUGGGUGCCGCUGGAUUUGGCGCUGACUCGAUUAACGUUUUCUACUCUGAAACGAUUUUUCCCAGAAUAUGAUUUGGAGUGGCUGUCUCGAGAGAUGGAUCUCUCGCUGCCUUUGGAAUUGAAUUUUCGACAUGAGGCUGAAAACGCUACACGGACCCGAGAAUACUUCAAAGGACAUUCUAAGUCGCCAUUAGUGAUCCCAGAAGUAAUGUGGGCCAAGGAACGAAUUCUUGUUAUGGAGUUCAUUUCUGGACAUCGUCCAGAUGACCUGGAAUUUCUCGACAGUAAUGGAAUCGACCGCGACGAAGUGUCCGCCGCGUUUGCACACAUCUUCAACGAAAUGAUUUUUGGAGAUAAUGCACCAUUGCAUUGCGACCCUCAUGGAGGUAACAUUGCCAUACGAAAGAACAAUACGCGUCGGAAACCCAAUUUCGACAUCAUUCUCUACGACCACGGUCUGUAUCGUGAUAUUCCCCAGGACCUCCGUCGGAACUAUGCCAAACUCUGGCUCUCGGUGAUUGAAGGGGAUGAAAAGAGUAUGCGCAAAUACGCUUACGAGGUCGCUGGGGUACCUGAUGAUCUCUUUCCAGUCUUUGCCAGUGCAAUUACUGGUCGAGACUAUCGAGUCGUAAGUCAAAAGAACAUCGUUUCUUCGAGAAACGACGCCAACGAAAAGAGCCACGUCACAAGUGCUUUAGGCGAUGGACUACUCCAGCAAUUGGUCGAUCUUCUAGGAAGAGUACCCCGCAUUAUCCUCUUGAUUCUCAAAACGAAUGACCUCACCCGAAGUCUCGAUGAGAACUUACACACCCGCCAAGGUCCCGUACGAACAUUCCUCAUCCUUGCUCGUUAUGCUACUCGCACGGUUUUCGAAGAGCAGAUGGAUAUCAUUUCCGUGCAUGGUGGUCUUCUCAAACUCAGCAACUUUCUCCGCUUCCUAUCGGCAUUUACAGCGUAUGCCCGCGUUGAGCUGAAACUUAUGGCAUAUGAACAGUGGCUUUCCUUAAAAAGCAGGCUGGGCAUAUCCAUGUAGUGAUGUAUAUAUAAUAUUCUCCAAUAUUUGGUCAGGUAGAUAUCGCGUUGUUUUGUACCUUAAAUAGACCUUUCACAUAGACAUGAUGGCAUUAGAACAUGUAUAAUAAAUAUUUAAUUUGCAUGGUAAAUAAUCC